UUAAUUAGCUGCGAGAGCAUGUUUACGAAUUAAGUCCUGUGAUCAAUCAUCUCAUUCUUCAGGAAAAAACUCAGGGCACCUAUGUACAUACAACAUACGAGAUGACCAAGAUUAUUAUUUCUUUGACAUGAUAUUAUAUGAAACCAAUCGAACCAGUACAAAUGUAGAAUCAUACAGAGUCAAAACCGAAAAUGUCAUUAGGAACACCGCAUCAUCGUCAGUUGUAUUUUGUAGUGUGUCAGAGUGAGAGACUACAAAUGCAUCUCUGUUGGGAGUCACUAAAAGCAACUAGUGACUGCUACUCCACACCUUUUCCUUUCUACACUCUGGAAAGCAACACCUUUGUGGUUGUCAAAUGCCACUUCUACUCUUUUAAUAUUAUUUCUUUUUAGAAGAAAAGAUGCACUUGGGUGACCAAGUAUGAUUGAAGUACAAUUUAUAGGUUAUGACUACUCAAGAAGAACCAAAAACAAUACAUGGUCAGUUCUGGGCAAUUAGCUUGAUUUCUAUAUAUCGAGUGAUACAAAUAAAAUCCUGUUGUGAAUACCGACGGGUUUGCCAGGACCAAUAGCAUAGAUGCAGGGAAAAUGCCUAUAAAAAAAGGUACAAGUGGAUCGCCAAUAAAUCAAUGAAUAAGUAAGGAGAAAGGGCACACUCUUGAUAUACACAAAAAUGAUCAAAGUGUUAAAUAAUCUGCAUUACAACUGUAAAAGUCUCAGGCAGAAAAAACAGAGGAAAAGUAUAGUUAGAAGGGUAUACUUAGGUUGUCUAACAGAGUAGUAUGUGCAUCAUCAGCGGUUUGACACAUUGGAUUAAAUGAACAUAGUCGCAUAAUCAUCUCACAACAUUACGUGGUGAGCGACUUGACAUGGGAUUGAGUAUGAGGGUACAUAUGUUGAACAGCAGUUAUUUUCUUUGGUUCAUUCUACCAGCUUUCCCCAAGCUCAACCUUUCUCUCAGUGCCUUUUAAUUCAUUGAUUGAUUCCUGAAGUUAUGACAUUUAGUCGCCCGUAAGGGUAGUACUAAGUUUGUCAGACAUGUUAAAAAGAAAGGAAAAUUUGAACCCCUCAUAAACUCACCCAACAACCAAUAGUAAAAAAAAGUCUCUCAAGCAAACACAAAUGAGUCGGUUUAUUGUUGCCUCCUUUGUCGCUUGCGUCCUUCUGAAAGGAAUGUCAAGUUGGUAUAGAACUGGGAACCUGGCUUUUGGAUAAUGGAAUCUGCAGGCCAUUAGGGAGACCGUGUCCGAUUAAUUAUUCAACAAACUAAGCCAUCCCCGGCAUGUACCCCAUUGCUAGUGCUAGAGUAGCCUUUAUAAGUGGGAAGGAUUGAUGAUUCACUUUGCAAGCUGCAAGGAACAAGAAUACACCACCAGCAUCGAUCAGGUAGCAGGAGCAAUGACAGGGUUUCCCUCUCCAUGCGGCGCAUGCAAGUUCCUUCGGAGGAAGUGCGUGAAUGGGUGUGUCUUCGCCCCACACUUCUGCCAUGAGCAAGGGGCUGCACAUUUUGCCGCCAUCCAUAAGGUCUUUGGUGCAAGCAAUGUCUCAAAGCUCCUCACGGGCCUCCCGUCAAUCGACCGCCGCGAGGCUGCAGCCACCAUCUCCUACGAGGCACAGGCCAGGCUACAUGAUCCUGUAUAUGGUUGCGUCGCGCACAUAUUUGCUCUGCAGCAGCAGGUUGUGAAUCUGCAAGCACGGUUGGAGUCACUAAAGGCUCAGGCACCACAAGAGUAUACUUAUUCCGUAUCAAGCCCUGAAGAAGAUAGUAUUAAGGCCAAGGUUAUGGCUUACCAGAAAGGGGAAGCUAGGAUGCCACGGCCAGCAGAAUUAUGCCCCGCUGUAAAGAGUGAGGGCGAAAGCUACUUCGGCAAUGACCUUAUGACCUGUACUUCCAUGCAAUCUUCUCAGGAUUACAGCAUGUCACAUGUAUACACAUCUGACUAUACAGCCCCGUUUAACGAUGAGGGUAUCCACAGUAGCACCAUGUUUCCCGGCGAUAUCCAAGAAUAUCUGCAAGAGAAUGGGAAUUAUUGGCACUGAGGGCCUCUAAUCGGUUGCCUUUGCAUAUGUCAACUAGGUGUCACAUCAUGUGUUUGGUAACUGCAAAACUACCAGCAGUUCUCUUUUGUAAUGUGCAGUCCGUCAGAUUAUAAGCCAUGGAUAGCCGUUGUAGAAUGUUCCAUGAGCAGCCCGUACUAAAAUGCUGAAUCAAGCAGGGUGUAGAAGUCAUGGUUUUU